CAUACACAGCUUUGGCGUGUAGUCUCGCGCGAUUUGCUCGCGAUGAAUGGCAGCUUUCCCGAGCGGUUAACGGAGAAAGUUUCGACAUCCACAUAUUGUAUAUUUAAUAAGCACAUUCCAAGAUGUGGCAUGAAGCAAGAAAACAAGAACGAAAGAUUCGUGGUCUCAUGGUGGACUACAAGAAGAGAGCAGAUCGGCGAAAGGAAUUUUAUGAAAAAAUAAAAUUGGACCCCACUCAGUUUCUUAGAGUUUAUGGGCGUCCAGUCAAAAUUAGCUUUGAUCCAGCUGUUGCACUGGCCGCUGAAAGCCCACAAAGCACUAUGCCCUGGCAAGGCGAUCCAGCCAAUAUGAUUGACCGAUUUGAUGUUAGAGCACACCUUGAUUUUAUUCCUGAAUUUACAGGCAAAGUGCCGGAGCUGACAGAAGAGGAGGAAGAAGAAGAUCGUAAGUGUAACUAUGAGCGUUACAGAACUCUGGUGGAGAAUGAAGCCUCUGGUUUAUCAGAGGAGCAAUGCUUACAUGAGAUUUACAUUGAUGAGCAUUUUGGCCUGCCAAACAAAUCAGGAGAAGAAGAGAAAAAAAAAAAUGCUGAUAAAAAGGCAGCUAUUGGGUAUGUCUAUGAGGACAGCACACCAGCUGAAGAAAAGGAUAACCCAGAAGAAGACAGUGAUGAAGAAAGCAGUGACACUGAUGUAGAGACUGCAGAUUUAGAUAUCACAUUGGAUGUGGAUACACUCACCAUUGAACAAGAGAUUGAAAUAAAUUCUUUUGCUCACCAAUAUGGAAUGAAGGAUGAAGAUUUUGUGGAGAUGCUUCGCAAAGACAAAGAAGAGCUGGAGGCUUUAAAACAUGCCAAACAAAUAGAAGAGGAAAAAGCACAGUUCUCAGGCCGCAAAUCUAGGCGUGAAAGACGGGCUUUUAAAGAAAAACAACUUCAAGGGCGCAGAAUAAGCCCUCCAAGUUAUGCAGCUAAGAGCAGUCCAAAGUAUGAGCCCUACAAACGGUCUGGGUCAUCAUCACGAUCAAGGUCCCGAUCUCCUGAUGAUGUUGGCAAGGUCAAGUUCAUCACCAGUUUUGGUGCAGAGAGUGAGGAGGAGGGAGGGGCAGCCACUAUGCAGGGUCCCACGCUCCCCCCUGCCGCUAAUGCUUCAGCCAAAUCUGAAUCUUCCACCUCGCACACUGACUCAAAAUCUGACUCAAACCGGCACCAGUCAUGGAAAAACAAAUCAAGGCCAUCAAACCUGCGCAGGAAAUCACGCUCAAGAUCUCGCUCAAGGUCAAGAUCUCAUUCUCGGUCAGGCAGGAGAAGAAGUCGAAGCAGAGAUGGCCGUGGGAGACGACGUUUAUCCAGGUCAAGAUCACGUUCAAGGUCUUGGUCACGGUCAUGGGAUAGAAGACGCAGAACUUUUGACUGGCAACCCAAUUCAUAUAGAGGCCCCCAGAGACUUCUAGGCAGGUAUGACAGGGGCCCACCUAGAAAUAUGUGGUCAAGACCUCGGCCACAGAGAAUCAGGUCUAGAUCUCGCUCACGAGGAUACAGAAGAUCUCGCUCAAGAACUUCUGUGUCAAAAUCUCGAAGCCACUCCUCUAGGUCAAGGUCUAGUUCAAGGUCAAGAAGCUCAAAGUCAAGAUCAUCAUCCAAAUCCCAAUCAAGAUCUCGAUCAAAGUCAUCAGGGUCUGCGAAGAAAGAAAGGUCCAAGUCUCCAAGCCCUAAAACCAAACCACCAGUAGUAGUGAAGCGUUAUCGCCGAGCCAGUCUUUCAUCCCGCUCCAGUGAGUCUGAGAUGGAGGAGGAUGACACCAGCUCUAAUAAGAGUGCCAGCAAGGAUGCAGGCACCUUGUCCAGAAAUAGGUCUGGAGGGAGCUUUAAAGCGGGUAACACGUCAGGAAUUUUUCAAGGCAAACUCACACCCCAAGAGAGGCUUCGUCGAAAAAUGCAGGCCCAGCUAAACAAACAGUACAAAGCAGACAAAAGAGCUGAAAUCUCAAAGAUUUCCAAAAUGGAACAAGAGAGACUAGAUAGAGAAGAAGAGCUUCGCAACAGGACAAUGGAAAUGCGUCGCAGGGAGAGAGAGAGGAGGCACAAAGAACUGGAAAACUGGAGCGUGAGCGCAGAGCUAGACGAAGUCGAAGUGGUAGUAGUGGUGGCAUAGGAAGUGAUGGAGAUGAAGACAUUUUUGAGGAAAACCCCAGUCACAGUCCCCGACGUAGCCAGUCCCCAGUGGAUAUGGAAAAACCAAGGUUUCAGAGAAAUCUUGUCAGAUAAAAGUUGUAUAUGUGCAAGCAGAAACUAAGAACAUAGUCUAGUGUUCAGAUGAGCUGGUGACGAAUGUGGGAUACGUGCAGUGGUUUGGACUGUGUGUGGACAGUGGCAACAUGGACAGUGUGACUUAAAUCUAUGUUACUGCCUUCAUAAGUCCUUAUGGUUUUAAGUUUCAUGCCCAUCACCAUACACAUGUGGUUUGUACUAACUGAAUAAUUGACUCAAUUGUUGACUAAACUGUAAAAAGUUUAUUACAGUGUUUCAUAUCUUUUCUCAAUAUUAUAUUUCUCAAAUUGCUACAUCUAUUGCUGGAUAGACUAAAAAACAUAAGGUGCUAUUGGCUUAUUACAAUGCAGCUGGAUGGGCACUUGCUAGCAAAGAGCAUGACCAUGUACAGCUAUUUCAUGACCUAAAAAAAACUGAUUUAAUGAAGGCCUUCACCAGGAGGAGUGAGAGCUAAUGGCUUUAGCUAAUAGAUUACAUUUGAAAAAAUUUUUUGAGUUUGAAAAAAGAAGAUAAUAUUUUUUAAAAAAUGAAUCAAGCCCAGUGUUUCAGCUCAAAUUGAUGUUUUUUUAAAUUUUUUGUGGUCUUCACAAUGUUACUCUGAAAAUUUCCUUGACUAUUCUAGGUCAUUUCAUUAACAUUGAUUUACUGAUUCUGAUUGGUCAAGUGAUUAGUUUGAAUACCCAGGCUUUAAAGGGACAUAAUUUAAAUACAUAUAGCACAUUUUCGCUCACAAGGCAAGCUUUACAAGAGACAAGGGACAGUAGAUAAUGAUGCCAUAUGAGACUGGCAUCACAAUCGAAUUAACUUGCAUAUGCACAGUGAAACAUUGCCAGGAGGAGUUAAUUUUGUAACCUGGUCUUCAAACCUUGCAUCUUUUGCUGUCUGUAAUGGGAUUUUUUAAAUUGGAGGCAUAGAUUUAUAGCAUGGAGAAUAAAGUAAUGUUUUUGUUUGCAGUGCAUUUAAGGCUGGUUGUGCUUGAUUGUUUAAAAGUAACACCAUGGUGCUAAGCUCACUGAGUUACAGUUAUAUUGAAUACAGAGUAAUGAAAAAUGGUUUUUCAUUUGGCGUCUCAAAUGAUGGCUUUUACAGCGGGAAAGCAUUGCUUGCAUUCUUAAUUGUAUAUCACAACAAGAAACAUUUGUGUAGUUUUUAUUUGCUUUUUGUGUUGUGUAGAACUCACAAGCAACACCACUGAUUUUUUUUUUUUUUUUUAAUGAUUUCUUCGCUUAGUGUGCAAAAGGGACACAAUGCUGGUCUUCAAGCUGGAUGGGUUCCAUAUAUCAUUCAACCUAUGUACAUAAAAUUUGCAUUUAAUAAAAAAUGUUUUUACAUA